AUGCCACCAUCUCCUCUGUACCUGAAGCUCCUCUCCCUCACCAAAGCUCACGCAUUUCCCAAGGAUGCCUCCCAAAUACUCUCGAUCCGCUCUCCAGACGCGCACCAUGCAUGGGGGCAUAACUUCCUUGUCGCUCGUAACCGCGGACUGCAGGAUUACAUGGAUAACGAUGUGUUCGCUACACAUAUGAAGCGGUCAGGCCUUUAUCUCGACUCUUCGGAUGCUAAAACACACGAUCUGGUCGUUGACGAGCACGAACGGAAGUCAACCAUCAGGAUGAGCUAUUUCUUGACACCGAAAGGGUCCAACGAGACCGUGGAGCAUGAUUUGAUUUGGAUGUUGAAGUUUACGGAUGAUGAGGAGGUAGAGAAGGUGUUGAUUAAGGAGAGUGUCGAGUUCAUCGAUGCGGCAGCGGGUGCGAGAAUGGGUAAACUUAUUCGAGAGCAUGUAGGAGAAUUAGAGGUCGAUAUGACGGGUUCCAUUGUGUUGAAAGAGGCCUUGGAGGCCUAA